AUGCACAUUGCAUUCAGGUCGAGUCUGCUUUUGAUUGUUGCAGCUUUUUCCAGCGUAGCUGCUGCUCCCUGCAACACUGCUGCAUUGUCGAGACUGCUCGUGACUGGAAAUGUGACAACGUGUCGAAGAGACGCUGGAUACGACCCCACGUCGAUGGCAAUGCCGGCAGACGCGCAAAUUACAGCAGUCUGCAACAGCGAUGCGUGCAAGAAGUCGAUCAGCGCCAUGAAAGAAGUCGCACCUGACGAAUGCACAGUUGGCCCCAUUCGCAUGUACGCGAACGUGAUCAACCCCUUGUCGCAGCGUUGCGGCAUCAACUCGACGUCGGAGCCUACGGCUGGAAAUGCUGGACCAGUUGCUGGGAAUACAAGUCAACCUGCGAACGGCAACAUGACUGGAUCAGCGGCAAAUACUUCCGAACCAAAUACGCGGUCAAACUCUAGCUCACCUUCACCGACUGCUACUGCUGGAAAUGGAAGCACUAAUGCUCUUACCAUUCCGAUGUGCGCGGCUAUUGCAGCGCUUGUGGCAAUGGUCACUUUGCUUCUAUGA